UGCAGCUUUUGUUCUGUUCUGCUUGCAUCUGACACCGAGCGAAGGAAAUCGGCACUGGUUAAAUUUGUUGAUUUUGUGAUCAAGAUAUUCGAAAAUCCUUCGCUAAAUAACUAUUUUGGAUAAAUUGCAGUGCUUCGAUUACCAGCAAACACGCUCGCGAUGGGAGAAGGUGACGAUACUGCAAAAAAGGUCCAAGACUACAAAGAUAAUCUGAUCAAGAAAGCCGAAGAUCUAAUUAUUAAAGGUUUUCCCGAGAAGAUAGUGAAGUUGAACGAUUUACUUUCAACUCCUCAGUUCGCUGAGAGGAAUUUCUCCGAUGUCUACCAGGAUCUCAACAUUCCAGUGCCGGAUCCGAUUGAACUUAACAACGUGGAAGUUGAAAAACCUGAUUCUGAAGAACCAGGGGCUAAGCGUUCCCGUCUUGAUCUAUCUGCGGUGAGUGGAACGAAGGUGAUGGUCCUGCCAAGUGGCCGUGUCCAGUGCAACACACCGAUUUGCGAGUUGAUCAAGGUCGUCAAGCCAGUCAUUCGUUCCCUGGUUGAGGAUUCCAAUCUGCUCAAAAUGUGGAUCUCCUUUAUGAUUCCCAAAAUUGAAGACGGUAACAACUUCGGUGUUUCCAUUCAGGAGGACACCCUUGCCGAGAUUCAGUCUGUUGAAACGGAGGCCGCUGCCUUUUUUGACCAAAUUUCCAGAUAUUUUGUAUCGCGGGCAAAGGUAGUGUCGAAAGUUGCCAAGUAUCCCCACAUUGAUGACUAUCGUCGUGCCGUUCAGGAACUGGAUGAGAAAGAAUUCCUAAGCUUAUGGCUAGUUUUGAGUGAAGUGAGAAAUCGCUACUGCUCACUCCACGAUAUUGUUAUUAAAAACAUGGAAAAACUGAAGAAGCCCCGGUCUUCAAAUGCCGAAAGUUUGUACUAGGUAGGAGACAAUCGCAGCGUUGAACCACUGGACAAGUUGCAGAGCCCCAACAAUUUUUGUUUUUAAGCAGCCCAUUGCCGAAAAUUACUUGAAUUAAUCCAUACACAAUACACAGAGAAACGAUAGAA